AUGAAUGAAGACGAUUUUAACGAGCUGUCGAGUCGUUUUAUAAUCAAUACCAGCUGGUUCAAGGAUAUUCUGAAAGAGAAAGAGCUUGCGAAAAGACAAGAAUUAGUAUAUAACAAUAGAUUUGAUAUUUCGAUUUCAAUAACGAACGCACAAUACUAUUACUAUGAUAUGCUAGCCAAAAACGUUGACAAUAAGCAAAAGAGUCAGUAUUGGAAGGAUUUUCCCAGUAAAUUAUUCAAAAAUUUCCCGACAUUAUUAUCAUAUUUAGAUAUGAACAUGUUUCACUGGGAAUGGAGUGUUGAUGUUGCUGGAGUCAUCAUUUUUGAUAAGAAAAUGGAAAAAGUACUUGUUUUAAAGACAUAUCAAAAUAAUUAUACUUUUCCAAAAGGUAAACACCAACAAGGUCUUGAACCUGUCGAUUGUGCAAUUCAAGAAUGCUUCGAAGAAACAGAUAUUGAUGCAUCAAAAUGGAUACAAAAGGACAGAUUUUACGAAGGAAUUUCAUUAUUAAGUAAAUACAGAUAUUAUGCAGCAUUCUCUGACUUAGACGAUUCUACAGUAGCCCAUCCACAUUUUCGCUGGGAAAUACAAAGUACACAUUGGAUACCUAUAAACGAAGUACAUCAGAGCUUAGAAUAUCCAACGGAUCAAGAUUUUUAUGACUGGAUUGCUCAAAAAUGUCCUCCAAGAUAA